AUGGGUUGCACUUCUUCAAAUCCACAAUAACCUAAAUCCUUAAAUAAUAAGACUCCAGCACUCUUCACUUCUUACAAGAUGGGUGAUGUUGUCCUACAAAAUAGAAUAGUAAUGGCAGCACUAACUAGAUGCAGAACUAAUCCAGCUGAUAAGAUUCCAAAUAACCUCCUAGUCGAAUAUUACUCAGCUAGAGCUGAUGCUGGAUUUAUUCUAACUGAAUGUACUUCUUGCAGAGUCGAUGGAGAUUGUUUCCCAGGAUCUGCUGGCAUUUACUCUGAUGCUUAAGUUGAAGGAUGGAAAAAAGUUACAAAGGCAGUUCAUGAUAAAGGUGGGAAGAUCUAUCUCUAAAUUUGGCAUGCUGGUAGAUCAGCUCACCCUAGCCAGAUUGGAGGUGUCACUCCUCUCUCAUCUUCUCCAGUUGCUCUAAAUGAAUCAGUUUAUACUAUGAAUGGAAAGGAGCAGCUAGUUGUUCCAAAGGAGGCAACAAUAGCAGAAAUCUAAGAACUAAUAAAAGCCUUCAGACAUGGAGCUGAAAAUGCCAAGAAGGCAGGUUUUGACGGUAUUGAAUUGCAUGCUGGUCAUGGAUAUAUUGUUGACUAGUUCCUUAGAGACUGUGUGAACAAGAGAACAGACGACUAUGGUGGAUCAAUCUAGAAUAGAUGCAGAUUAACUCUUGAAAUCCUCGAUUAACUAGUUGCAGUAUUUGGAAAGGGAAGAGUUGGAAUGAAGAUUUCACCUCUUAAUGAAUACAAUGGUAUGUCUGACUCUAACCCAUUCGAACUUUUCACAUAUCUUUUGGAGUAGGCAAGUAAGAAAGGAAUCGCUUUUGUUGAAGUAAAUGAGGGUAUCUCAUUUGAUGCUGCUGAUCAUGCAACAAAGUUAGUUAAGCACCUUGCAAAUCAAACUAAAAAAACUGUAAGAGAGAUACUCAAACCUCACUUUAAGGGUACCUACAUCUCAAACUUCAAGCAUGAAUACGACUCUGCUACUCAAGUUAUUUAAGAGGGUAAGGCUGAACUAGUCUCCUUUGGAACACACUUCGUUUGCAACAAUGACUUAGUUCAAAGAUUUAAGAAUGGUACACCUCUUCGCGGUCUUCAAAACGUAAAAGAUAUGUCAAAGCUCUAAGCUGUCUACUUCUACGGUAAUACAGCUCUCGGUUACACUGAUCUCUCUCCAUAUGAGGCUUGA